AUUUUGAUUACCGUUGCCUGGGAAACCCGUCCAGCUUUUGGAGAUAACAUGCUCCUGUGGGGUUUAGGUUUGUUUCCAAACAGACAGAAAACACUCGGAUCACGGCUCUGUGGAGGCUGAACUCGUUUUUAUUUCAAAUCUUUUCUUUCUGAGCUGAUUCUGUGCAGAACUCUGAACUGAUUCACAUUUAAUCUGAUUGCAUAAUAACGCUGAGGGGAGUUCAGAGAUCCAGAGUGAGACGGGAGGUGAAUGAAGUUUGAAAGUCCUCGCGGGUCAUGCUGCUUUUAUAAAUACCAGCCUGGAGGCGGUCCGGUCCGGUCCGGUCCGGUCCCGCCCCCCGGCCCGCUGACAGCCGCUCAUGUGUUGCCGCCUGGCUCGAUGGAGAAGGUGUCCGCUUUCUUCUGCCCGUCAGUGGGGCGGUCAGAUGUCCCUAACAGCCUUCCUCGCUGAUGAUUCAAAGUUUCUUCUGACACAUGGCGACAUCCAGAGGGACCAGAAAGGGCCGAGGGGCAUGAGGGGGACACGUUCCACUCAACGUCUUAAAAUAUGAGGCUGCUGCACAAGAGAUGAAGAAAUAACAUCCGGUUGUUUGUGUUUCUGUGUUGAAGUGUUGCAGAAAUCCCAGCUGGUCAGAAUGGAUCCUCCGGAGAAGAGAGGGAAGAGGUGGGACGCCACGGCGCCUGCAGCGGCCGCCAUGGCGCCCGACGGCGGCUACGCCUGGUUCAUCCUGCUCUCCUGCUUCUUCGUCUUCGGCCUGACCUUCGGAGUGAUCAAGUCCUUCGGUGUAUUUUUUGUUGAGAUCCAGCAGUACUUUGAAACCACAGCAGCAGGAACAUCAUGGAUCACCGCCAUCACCGUGGCAACCAUUCACAUGGCAGCCCCGGUCUCCUCCGCUCUGAGUGCACGCUUCAGCCAUCGCGCUGUGGUAAUCUCGGGCGGCCUCAUCUGCAGCGCCGCCGUCGUAUUCGGCGCUUUGGCCCGCAGUCUGACUGAACUCUACAUAACUGUGGGUUUCCUAAACGGUUUCGGCUGUGCGCUGACCUGGACCCCCACUGUCACCAUGCUGGGCUUGUACUUCGACAGGAGGCGCCCGGUCGCCAACGCCUUAGCAAGCGCUGGAGAAUGCAUCCUGACAUUCAGCCUCACGCCGCUGUUCCAGCUGCUGAUCGACAGCUUCUCCUGGAGGGGCGCGCUGCUCAUCCUGGGGGGGCUGCAGCUCAACUUGUGUGUGUGUGGCGUGCUGCUGCGGCCCUUGAGGGCCCCAACAGACGCUAGGUUUAUCAGGAAGGUCAAAGAAGAAGAAGAGAGCCUCCAAAAAGGAGACCUGGAGGAAACCAAGGUGGGCUUUCGAUUGGAAAGUGAGCUGAACGUCCUGGAAAUGUCCGAUCAGGAGACGGUGAAAGUUUGUGUUGAUGAGACGUCCAGUGAGACCGGGAACUCUUCAACCGGUCCAAGGAGGACCCAACUGAGGACUAGAGUCCAGCACUAUGUCGACUACACGCUCAUCACUAAUGGCCGCUUCAUGGUCUACUCCAUGUUCGGCGUGUUUGCGGCGCUCGGGUUCUUCGCGCCGUCGCUCUUCCUGGUUCCGUACGCUCGCAGCCAGGGCUUGAGCGAGUACCAGGCAGCGGCCCUGCUGUCCAUCUCUGCGGUGCUCGACCUCUUCGGCAGAGUCUUCUUCGGCUGGGUGGCGAACUUGAGGCUGAUUCAGACGGUCCAGCAGCUCACCGCCACCGUGGUUCUGCUCGGCACCGUGUUGCUGCUGUGCCCGCUGGCCUCCACCUUCCCUGAGCUGGUGGCGUUCAGCGCCGCCCACGGGCUGGUGUACGGCGCCACGGUGGCCGUCCACAUCACGGUGCUGCCGGAGGUGGUUGGCGUGGAGCGGCUGGGCAGCGCGCUGGGCUUCUUCAUGCUGAUCCGCAGCAGCGGAGGCCUGCUGGGGCCGCCCAUCGCUGGUUUCUUCAUUGACAAGAUGGAGAACUACGGGACGGGCUUCCUCAUGUCCGGAGUGGCCCUCAUCGUCUCCGCCCUGUUCCUCCUAAUUCUGCACCAGAUGAACCGGCGGAGUCAGGAAACAGCCAACGAUGCUGCACUCACAGAGAAAAGGAGCUAGAAAAAGUGUUUCUGUUAGAGGGAAAGAGCCAGACAUGAAGAACUCUGACUGCGGUUCAUGUUCGGCUCUAAUCUGCAUCCAAAAAUCAGCCGGUCAGCAGAGGUCAGAGCCAGUAAAUUAGGUCAAACUAAUCGUAAUCUGCAAGAUCAUCUCUGUGGUUGGGAAUAGAAGAUGAACGCUGGGUGAGUCGGUAAAUGUUUGGGAUUCAUAUAAAUUCAGCAUUUCUUCUUAGUAAGAAAUCAAAUACUGGAAAGUUUUCAUGGUCAUAACGGCACCUUCACACGUUUCCUAAUAACCCUGGCUCCACUUAAAGAGAAAUAAAGUUAUUGCAACAAAUUAUCACAAUAAAAUAAUCUAUAGCAAUACUGUUUCUAAAAUGUAAGAUCUAACAUCAACUUUCAUCUGUUUGUAGUUCUUAUUAAACAAGUCAAGUUCCCCCUUAAGAUCAAGUCUAAGGAGAACUUUAACUUUUUUUCUGGAGCUGAAAUAUAUUUUUUAUGCUGAUUAAAGAAAAGAGUUUUGUUUUCUGUCAAUUUCAUUAAAAGUAUACACUGUUUCUCAAAGCA